AUGAAAACUCCAGAAUUACCCUAUGCAUUCUUCACAGAAGAGCAAAAACAGUAUCUAGAUAUACUCGUUAAAUUUUCAGGUCGAACCUAACGCACUCGAUUGGUUUCGAGCCAAGCCAUACCAAGCAAAAAAUAUCAAUUCCUCAAAAAUAAUUUCAUUCUGAUGACAGCGGAUGAGCAAUACGAUUUUAAUUAAGCAGAUAAAGUGCUGUCAGAAUAGACUACUAUUGGUGCCCUAAUUGGGUUUGGCAUUUCAGCGAUAACGAUGCUUUACUUUGUCAAUUCUAGGCCUUUGCAUAAGAAACUUUAUGGAGAAAUGUCCACAAGUGGAAUCUUAGGUCUGAUGUUUGGCCUGUCAUUCUAUCAAUACCAUAAUUAUCAAUACAGGGAGAAAAUUCACUAGAUGUAUGUUAAAUUAUUGGCCACAAAAAAAUUAGGGAGAAUCUGA